CCGAACUUCCCCAACUUCCAACCACACCAUGACAUUCCAUUCCGCCUUGCUAACAGGCUCCUUGCAGGUUGUUAAUUGUUAACUAGCCAGCCCUAUACAUUUCACCAUGGGCAUCCCCCGCCUGACACAGCAUCUGCUCUCAUUUUCAGACACCGCUUUACUUGGGCGCAAGGCUAACACCAGACAACAGGAAUCUGAGAACAUUGAGUCCAUUGUGAUCGAUGGCCCUAGCUUGGUUUACCAUGUAUAUGGGCGCUUGCUCUCUUGGUCCGAUCCAAAACUCAACUUCCCAGACUUACAGCCAACCUGCAAUGAGGUGAGCUGCGGAGUCAUGAUAUGCCUUCUUCAAUUGACCAUAAUUGGAGUUCGGAUCGAAGAAAUAUGUUUCGACGGGGCCCUGCCUCUUCAGAAGCGCGAGACACGCCUUACUCGGCUAGAAAAGUCGAGGACAAAGCUGGAGCAAUUUUGUCUUAAAACCAGAAAAGGGUUCCUAUGCUCGAACGCCCCUCGCAAUGAUCGCGCGGUUAAUCCUGAAAUGGUCCUAGGGACCCAAAGUCUCUCCGCAAGGCAUAAUACCCUACCUGAAAGCCCUUUUAUUGUUCCGGCGGUUUUCGAAGACCUGAAACAUAGGUGGAGUCGAGAAAACAUACUGAAUGUAGCCAAGGAUACCAUGUGUAUACCUCAGAUUCAUUUGGCGGACUUGCCUUGGGCGGACAUCACUGUAAUGGUCUCGGGGGAAGCCGAUGCCCACUGCGCCCGUAAGGCAAGAUGUUCAAACUCUGCCAUACUCACCAACGACUCGGACCUAUUGCUCUACAAUCUCGGACCGUGUGGCUCUGUUGUUUUAUUAAAUUCACUUCAUAUCUCAAACUGGGAUCCGACUACCCCCGCCGCUUCACAGGUGAAAUGCCUGAAAAUAUGUCCUACCUUGGUUGCCCAGAGACUGGGAAUUAGAGAUCUUAUGGGGCUUGCCUAUGGCCUCCAGAAUCAACCACAUGUACGAUUGGCCGAAUUGAUACAGCAAACCAACCAAACGCAAGGCCAGCUCGCAGAACUGCCGGCCUUUCGUAUUUUCCUCGAGGAGUAUCGCGCUGAAGCGAACGUUGGCGCAAGCCACACCGCACCCUGGAACCUUGAUGCAAGAGUAUCGGAAUUGUUCUGGCAGUAUGAGCUGCGACACGCGUUUGCCCCAUGCCAACCACCGCAUAUGUAUCUUGCGGUACUAACCGAAGACCACUCACGGCGCUGUGCUUGGGCAACGGGCCUACCAUUUAGAUCCCUAGCAUAUUCAAUUCUCAAUUCAUCUCGCCCGGCAUCUGAAAGACACCCUUUCAUCAAUGAAUUCGCCCGACGAGGUGGAAGAAUCGCAGCGCACCAAAUAUAUCUCGGCGACGCAGAGUGGAUUGUUUCUCAAAUAGACCAAACCUGGGCGCGCACGGAAUCAAUUGGAGCUGCAUUGGGAGUCAGCACAUCCUUCCCUGUCUACUGGCUAUUGUUUGCUCUCUAUGAAGUAUAUGACACCGAAGGCGGCCAAAAGCUUCCCGGACCGGAGCAACUAAGCCGAUUCCUUAUUCUCGGUCAUAUGGGCAAGGAGUUGGAAUGGACCGACAUUCAUCUCAACGCCCAGAUCCAGGCUGUGCUAUAUUCUUUAAGGAUUCUAUCUCAGGUGCUCCAAAUUACAACGUUUGACAGUGGAGUUGCGCCACAACUACGAAAUUUGCUGGCUCGUCUCCCAGCCAUUCAUCUCAUGAUGCGGCCAGCGAGUCAGAUCAUGACGACAUGCAUUCCAUCCAGAAAGUCUAUCACUAACUUAGUUGAGAAAAUUCUUCGACUUGUUAGAGGUAUGACUUGUCCUCAAUCUUCGCAGUUCUUGACAGAGCCUCCAGCAACUCCGACCAAGAGCCACAAGGACUGUCGCACGCCUCGUAAUCUGUAUGAUCUGCUCGAGUGUGAAUGAAUU